UAACUCUUUUUGGUAUGACAGUAUGUUAGCUGUCUGGUAUCAUAGUCCAGUUUUGUGAGCUUUUCAGUGGCGUACUUUCGUUAAUUUACUUCACCGUCGAUUGGAAACUACUCCACUUUCACAGUAUGUGUGGUAUUAGUUAGGUUAGCGUAUAUGUAAGGAUGUACAGUGUUAGUUUGAGUUGCUAACAAUAGCUGAAAGUAAAGCUAGCUCUCCAGAGCCUUUUCGGAAGAGUUGUAGUUAUCGUUAGCUGUGUAGUUCACUGACCCUCGGCUACAUGGCGACUUAGCAACGCUGCUUUACAUCUCCAAAUUCCGGGGAAGCGUCAUAACUUUACGGGAUUACUGUUUUUAGCAACCAUGUCUCAACUUGUUGACUCUGACGAUACCACUCCAUUGCUCGGGGAUGACGCAAGCAGCGAUGACUCUCAGGAUGAAGAUUACAAGAGUCGGUGGAGGUCUAUCCGAGUCAUGUACUUCACCAUGUUUCUCAGCAGUGUCGGUUUCACGAUUGUCAUCACAUCACUGUGGCCGUAUUUGCAAAAGAUUGAUGAUAGCGCCAAUGCCACUUUCCUGGGCUGGGUGGUGGCUUCCUACAGCGUCGGUCAGAUGGUGGCCUCACCCCUUUUUGGCCUUUGGUCCAACUAUCGGCCACGCAGGGAGCCACUGGUGUGCUCCAUCUUCAUCAACGUGUCAGCCAAUAUCUACUAUGCCUAUGCAUACCUGCCCCAAACCAAUAACAAGUUCCACAUACUCAUGUCCAGAGCCUUCGUGGGCUUUGGAGCAGGUAAUGUUGCUGUGGUGAGGUCCUAUGUUGCUGGAGCUACGUCACUGAAGGAGAGGACCAGUGCUAUGGCGAACAGCAGUGCCUGUCAGGCCCUGGGUUUCAUCCUGGGACCAGCUCUGCAGGCAUGCCUGUCAUUCAUUGGUGAGCGUGGUGUCACGGUUCAGAUCAUAGACCUGCAGCUCAACAUGUACACUGCUCCGGCUUUCCUGGCUGCAGCUUUUGGCAUCAUCAACAUCCUGCUGGUUCUUCUGGUGCUGAGAGAGCACCGAGUUGAUGACCACGGAAGACACAUUCGAGCCAUCAACUACACAUCAGAAGACAGAGUUGACGUUAGUGAAGAAACUGAGGAGACCAUCGAUCAGGUAGCAGUCCUGACUUCCAACGCCCUCUUCUUCAUCGUCAUGUUCAUCUUUGCAGUCUUUGAGACCAUUGCCACCCCUUUGUCCAUGGACAUGUUUGCCUGGACAAGGAAGGAAGCUGUGCUAUACAAUGGCAUCAUCAUCUGCUGCAUUGGAUUUGAAUCCAUACUGGUGUUUGUAGUUGUCAAAGUGGCCUCUCAAAGGGUCGGGGAUCGUCCUGUGUUGCUAGCAGGCUUGGCCAUUAUAUUCUGUGGCUUCUUUAUUCUGCUUCCAUGGGGAAAUCAUUACCCUAAAAUCCAGUGGGCAGACCUGAAAAACAACUCUUUGGUCAGUCAGAUUUCCAAAGCCACUAUAGCCUCCAACAGCUCCUCAGAGCCAACAGGCUGCCCGUAUGAACAGACCUGGUGCCAGUAUACCCCCGCCAUCCACCUGGCCCAGUACAUCUCAGCUGACAUCCUCAUCGGGGUGGGAUACCCAGCCUGCAACGUGAUGUCCUACACACUGUAUUCCAAAAUCCUCGGACCCAAACCUCAGGGUGUGUACAUGGGGUGGUUGACAGCCUCAGGGAGCGGGGCACGGACACUGGGCCCAGUCUUUGUCUCCCAGGUCUAUACCAUCCUGGGACCCCGCUGGGCCUUCAGUCUCAUCUGUGGUAUGGUGGUAGGCGCCAUCGUCCUCCUCAGCUCUCUUUACCACAGACUCAUCGCGUUUUCUGUACGCCACGGAAGGGCUGCAGAAUAACAAGUCAGGAUGCACACCGGGGACACUGGUGGCUGUUUUUAUUCUCAAAGACUUGAAGCCAGAACUGCUGUAAUGAGAGCUCUGUUGCUGUUACUUACUUUAUAAUGUAGGAACUGAUAAGCCUCCUAUGAGAGUUUGUGACUCAGGGAUGAUCUUUAAACUCUAAGGCGAAGAGAUAAGACCGGGGUUAUUUCUCAUGACUUGACAUAAGAUGGCUGCUUCGUGAGUUAACAGGGAGCUACCACUGCGGCAGCACUUUUACUCACGUGUGAAAGAAGCCACGUGACGCCUUUUUCAUAAUCUUGUAUGGCAUUGUCUUGUAUGAGGUGGGUCCUUGAUAUCAAACUGAUAAUAAUUUUAAAUUGAGUUACUAAAUGUUUGUUACUGAAAGCUCAAGUUUUAUGUAUUUGCAUUGUUGGUCACAAAGAUCAAUUAAUAAUCAUAUUUUUUAAUACACAAACUACUUUAGCAAAGCCUUUGUAAGACCUGAAAAGUUUCCCAGCAUGUCUUUGCAUUAAAUUCUAAUACUAAUUUGUGAAAUCUACGAGCGCAGGAGCAACCAUGAACUUUUUAAAGGUACUUGAAAACAAAUCCUAUCAAAUUGUUUGAUAUUUAGUUUGUCAUUUGUCAUUCAUUAGACAUUGUGACAUUCCCUUUACUUUAUAUACUGAUUAACAGCAAAAAAACUAUUUCAAAAAAUGUUCAAAGUGGAGAAUAUGAGAGAGGUUCAGUUCAGUUUUACUGUGCAAUGACUGUUGUGCAAGAAAUGACCCUUGAAAGAGAAGCAAACAUUACGUAAAUGGUUUAGAUUAAAGAUUUCCAUUGAAACAUUUCCACAUUCAGCUCUUUUCCUAUAAAGAAUAUAUUGAUGUUAUAUUUUUAAAUAUUGUUCCUAUUUCCGUUAAAGGCUCCACUUGUGGUUGUUUCAGACUACAGGUUGUUGUCUACCUGAAAUCAUUCAGAAAGUUAUGUGUGAAUGUGUGAAUGCUAAUGAUUUUGAGUGAUGCAUUAAACAUUUAAUAUGA